AUGUCAUCCCCCUCCGAACAAACCCUCCUCGUCACCGGCGCAAACGGCUACGUCGCCCUGCACGUCAUCAACGAGGCCCUCAGCCGCGGCUACAACGUCCGCGGCACCGUCCGCUCCGAAUCUUCAGCCGCCAAGAUCCGCCCCGUCUUCGCCUCCCACGGGUCCAAGUUCUCCGUCGCCGUCGUCCCCGAUCUCUCCAACAAGGAUCUUUACGCGCCCGCCUUCGCAGACACCCCUGCGCCCGUCACAGGCGUCAUCAACGUCGCUGCUCCGUUCACCAUGAAGGUCGAUGAUCCCGUUGCGCAGCUGCUGGACCCCGCGGUCAAGACCGCUCUUGGUGUGCUUGAGGCGACGAGGCAGUUUGGUCCGAAUGUUCGUCGUGUCGUAAAUACUUCGUCAUUUGCCUGUAUCCUCGAUCUUGCAAAGGGAUACCGUCCCGGAUACACAUACACGGAAAAGGACUGGAACCCAAUGACCUUCGAACAGGCCGCCAAGGCAGACAACGGAACAGCAUAUUGCGCCUCAAAAGCCCUCGCCGAAAAGGCCAUGUGGGACUGGAUCGAGAAGGAGAAGCCCUCAUUCAGCCUGACGACCAUCCAGCCUCCGUGGAUCUUCGGCCCUCACCUGACCCCCAUCAGCAACCUCUCCAACCUCAAUGAGUCUUCCGAAGCAAUUUGGCGUCUCCUCGACGCAACAGAGGUUCCUCCGACCGACUUCGCCGGCUUUGCAGACGUCCGCGUCGUCGCAAAGGCCCAUAUCGAGGCCUUUGAGCGUCCUGAAGCUGCUGGCGAGCGCUUCCUCUGCGGCCAGCACUUUGACUACCAGAGCGCCGUCGAUGCUCUGCGCGAGGCGAUGCCCCAGCUGAAGGACCGUCUGCCGGUGGGGACGCCUGGCGCGGGCAAGACGCAGGAUAUUUACCAGCUUGACGGAAGCAAGGCGGAGCGGAUCUUGGGGAUCAAGUAUACCCCAUUGGAGGUCACCCUGAAGGACUCCUUUGAGCAGCUUCUGGCGGCUGAGGCCUAA